UCCCUGGAGGAACCAGGCCAGGUUGCGGUACAGAGACAUGCUGGCCGUGCGAGCAUCACACUGACGUCUUCUCUCUGCUCGGCUUUUUAGGCUCCACUCGCACCACGUGGACCGGCCGCGUCCACACCUGCGCCCCCCUGGCGGCACACACAGGAACUGCACGACAUUCAAAACAAUGUGCCUUCUGUUCAAAGUCAGCUUGUGUGUGCGCGCGCGCGCGCAUGUGUAGGUGCGACAAAGGUGUGCUCACACAAUGUAGGCGACAUCCGACAAAGAAGACCGCUUCGGCGACUGGAAGGAUAUUCCCUGCUUGAGGAUUAAGUCCCGACACCGGGCACAAAAUGAUUCGCUUCCUGCUGCUGUUCAGCAAGCAGGGAAGGCUGCGGCUGCAGAAGUGGUUCACUCCUCUAACGGAUCGGGAGAAGAAGAAAGUGAUCCGGGACAUGAUGGCGACUGUGUUGGCCCGUCCAGCGCGCUCGUGCAAUUUCCUCCAGUGGAGGGACCUGAAGGUCGUCUACAAAAGAUAUGCCAGCCUGUACUUCUGCGCUGGCCUGGAGGACCAGGAUAACGAGCUGCUGAGCCUGGAGGUUCUGCACAGAUAUGUGGAGCUGCUGGAUAAGUACUUUGGUAACGUAUGUGAGCUGGACAUUAUUUUCAACUUUGAAAAGGCCUACUUCAUUCUGGACGAGUUCCUGAUGGGAGGAGAAGUGCUGGAAACCUCCAGAGCGGCCGUGGGCGUCUCUCUGGAGGAGGCUGACGCGCUCCAAGAGACGAUGGAGGAGUACAUGAGCAGACCAGCUUACUGAGCCAGAAGAACACGGCAACUUCUCCAGGGACGAAGUAAAAGGGUUGAACUGUCACCAACUCCAAAUAAUGCGCCUGUUUGUCAGUGGAACCCGCUUACGUCGACGCCAUGAUGUUCUUAUUGCUAAAAAGUGUCUGUGACGGUAUCACCAGUAUCACCAGGGGCGUGUUCAGUCAUUUGGGGGCUAAAUAAGAUAAAAUCCUUAAAAUCCAAGCAAAGCGCAGCAGCUCGUCUUACUAUUCCAAAUGUAUUAUUUAUUAUUAUUAUUAUUAUUGUUAUUAUUAUUAUUAUUAUUAUUAUUAUUAUUGUUAUAUCUUACUCUGCCGCGUCUAACGCAGGAUGAACCGUGCAAAGAACCCCUGAUCAUGGGGAGUGUGCUAUCUCUAGCGUGCAACAUUUUGUGUAACCGUGGCGAAGUCAUCGACGAAAAAAAGCUUAUUCUGGAGCAACAACCACCUUCUGUCCUUUCUUAGCAUAGGCUGCCAUGGUCUGUUUUUUAGGAACGUUAGGCCAUUUUCAUAGGUAGACACUAUUAUACUACGUGUUAGCAUUGCUAGCAUGCAAACAUUAGCAUACUAGCAUUUUUUGUGGUUUUUGUGAGUAUAUACUUAAGCAGACACUUAAUGUUAUCAUGUUAGGUGUGAGCAUGGUAAUGUUAGCAUUGCUAGCAUGCUAACAUUGGCUAAAAAGGCUAGUAUGCUAUUUUCGUAGGUACACACUGCUAACAUGCUAACAUUAACAUACAAGCAUUUUUUGUAACUUUUGUGAAUUUGAACUUCAGCAGACACCUAACAUUAUCAUGCUAGGUGUUAGCAUGCUGGCAUGCUAACAUUAGCAUAGUAGAAUUUUUUGCCAUUUUCAUAGGUAGACAAUAUUAUGCUAGGCGUUAGCAUGCUAAUGUUAGCAUGUUAGCAUUGCUAGGUGCGUGGAACGAUCCCAAAUUCCCAGUUACGACAUUACUAGUUAUUAUUAUGACCUAACAAGUGAGUCAUCGCAACACUUUGACUGUAGUUGAUAUGAACAUUAAGCAACAUUUAAUAUAGUCGACUACUUGAAUCCUCACAUCUCUGUGGUGAAAAGCGUCGGUCGCAGGGUCAGCUUCAUCUCGAGAUGCCCUCCGCAGCUGACACUGACAGCACUGCUGUUGUCAAGAGCGUCUGUCACUUGUUGUCGUGUGUAAGCGAGUACGCUUCAUCUUCCUCCACACAACUUUGUUCUUGCCACCGUGUUCGUGAUUCAAUCUGUGCAUGUGCAGUGACAUGGAAUAGUCCGUUGCACCAGAAGGGAGGGGGGAGCUGUUGAAACCGUGAUGAUUAUGCAUUUUAUUACAGUUUUAAGCACGUGAAUUAAGACUAAAACUGUAAUAUCUACUUUAAAUCAAAGAAAAAAUCAAUAACCAGUUUUUAUGAGACAUUUGGGGGCCGCUGGAAACCUCGGGGCCCUAGCCAAUCGCCUGUGUUUGCCUAAUGGCGAGUCUGCCCCUGGUUGUCACUCACGCAAUCCAGCCCUGCCCCCCCCAGGGGUUCCAAACCGCGUCCACUGUCGCCCACCAGCUGAGCGUUGUGCAGUGCUAGCCGGUUGCUAGUCAACCCGCCGUCCAGCGUGGCUCUGGAGGUGUUAGGGAGUGAAGUUCACCAUCGUAUUCCAGCACAGUCACCCAACCGGCAUCCGUUCCGUUCACUUACGUCGACGUACACGCGGUCGCCCGCUUUUGUCGACAUAACAUUUGAGGGAUGAGUGGGUCCGUUUAUGUUGGCAUGUGUGGUAGAAUUGCCGGCAUCGUCAUUAUUGCUCAGCAGCGCAGUGACGCAGCUGCUGUGUAGUUACACAGCAUUAAGACACGCACACAGUCACUUCCUGUACAGUGCCAAGUAGGCUUCACAAUAAAAGCAUCACAGAAAUAACCUGGAUUCUUUGACAGCAACUACAAAAAUUCAUUUUUUGGGAUUUUUUAAAGAUUUGCACAUAUGCAAAAGCAUGAAAGCUACAUUCGGUUAUGUCGACAACUGCUUAUGUCAACCUGAGUCUCGAGGAGCGUCAGCUUAAUUGGGUUCCACCGUGUUCACCCCAGGUGGGGUCCUUCAUAGCGUAAACUUGCACGAGGCAAUGGGGGGCGUUGCUGAUGCUUCAAGUGUCUCCCAACCUUCACUGGGCCGAGGCACCACCGAGCGCGACUCAUCCUGGCGUGUGAACGGCAGCGGGCGGUCACGCACCUUCUACAGUCUGGUGGGGGGGGGGCGCUGAGUUGUUCUGUCUGCCGCCGUGCGUCGCCGAAUGAACAGAAAUACGUUAUUUGGGGGAAACGAGCACCAAAUUCAUCUCCUGCGGUGGUUGGGAAUCACUGCUAGGCACCCCCCCCCCGUACGUCCAGCAUACUGUUCAUGUUAUGUUUUUGCUGCAGGGGGGUGAGUGUGAGCGGGGGCACUGUGAUCAUUUUCAAGAUAAUGUUUUGUACUUAAAAAGCAGUCAAUAAAAAGGACGAAGGGAAAGCAGGACACAGAAAGGAAAACAAUGAAGUCGGUGCUUUAUUGACCUCACGUGUCACAAAUGCUCACAUUUAAGUCGGAAUCACCAACAAGCACAAGCGAGUCUAAUGGGGGGGUCCGCUGCUCGCGUGUCCAGGCUGGUGUACGGGACGUCACGUCAUGAUUCAACAUUCACGUGUCUCAUCAGUAAGACCACCACGUUGAAGACAUCUGCUCCUCGGCUUACACGCCUUUGCUCCUCGGCUCCAUCGCGUCCUCCGUCUGUUUCUCGUCAUCGGCUUCCCCCCCCGAGUCCAUCCGAUCCAAGUAAUCCUGCAUGGCCCGUUCAAACGAGCCCGCCACGCUCUGCCCCGCCUCCUCACGCUUUUGGCUGUAGCGGUGCGCAGGCCCGGGGUACCUCGCCAGCAUCU